AUGGGCGACCCGGAAGACUGUGGACCAAUCAUAUCAGUCAACCGAGCUGCCAAGUGGCCCACGCCCGACGUUGCUGGCACCGCUUCCAUCGAGCCGACCCCUCUGUUUGCCGCCGACCCGCGGCCUCCGGCGGGCGCCAGAAUGCGUGCAGUGCGCGCGACGUUCCUAUGCCUGUCGCUCAACUUCACUCUUUGCAGCAUCUUCAACGGCCGCCACUACACGGGCCGUGGCUCCCUGCCCAUUGGCGGAUCAGAUGUCGCCACGUCAGCAGAUACGAGAUCAGCCGGCGUUUGGGCGUCGUCAGAUGCGUCGGGGUUUGUGCUGAUGGACUCGCGGCAGAUCUGCACCCACGACCAGUGGUCGCGCGCCACGCAAGGCCUCAUCCCCUCCUUACAAGCACUUACCUGGAGCACCGCGCUGUGCGACGACGAGCUGCGCCUGCUCGCCUCGCUGCCGCCUCGCCCCGCCUCGCUGCACCUUGCCCCUCCGCCCCGCACACCCCCCGCCCCUGCCACGUGCCUGCGCCCCUUCGUGCGCAAAGGCACCAAGCUCUACUCUCUCUCUCACGCGCCCUCCCCCGCUGCUGCCUCCGCCACCACUCCCCGCGCCCCCCCUCGCUGCCACGCCGCCUCCUCGCGGCACGCGGGGCGACUGGGCGGGCUUGACCUGUGCGUGAUGCUGCACCCCUCGCCGCCCCCGCUGCCCCUCUUCCGCCCCCUCUGCCCCUCCCCCGCCUCCUGCUCCCGCCGCUGCCCUGCUCCAGGCACGGAAUGGGCAUGCAGAAAGGGGGAGGGCCAUGGGGAUUGUGGAAAAAAGAGUGUGAUUCGAGGGAAGGGGAGGAAGGAAGAUGAGAGCGGGGCGAGUGAUGGUGGUGGGCAUGAUGGGGAGAGUGGGGCGAGUGAUGGUGGUGGGCAUGAUGGGGAGAGCAGAGCAGGACGGGAAGGUGAGAGUGGAGGGUGGGGUCCUGGGAGGAGUGGAGCAGGAGGGAGGGGCGAGGGCGCAGCAUGGAGAGGAAAGGCACCAGGGGAGCCCAACGGUGCAGAAGCGGAUGCUGGUGGUAGCAGUGAGAGUGGGGGAGGAGGGAAUGGGGGGAGAGGAGGGAAAGGAGGGAGAGGGGGGGGAGGGGGGGAGGCAGUGUGGGAGGCGGUGGUGGAUGAGUAUGUGGAUGACGAGGGGGCGGUGCAACACGAGGUGGACAACAACGCCCUGCUGCACACCGCCCUCGCCCUCGUCAGUCCCUCCUCUCCCCUGUCAGUCACUCAGUCACAGCUGCUCUGCCUCACCUGGCCGCUUAUCUAUUCGCUGGGCAACUCUUCUGUGUCACCUGCUCGCUGCCUCAUGCCCUCUGCGCCAUGCCCUCUGCGCCAUGCCCUCUGCGCCAUGCCCUCUGCGCCAUGCCCUCUGCGCCAUGCCCUCUGCGCCAUGCCCUCUGCGCCAUGCCCUCUGCGCCAUGCCCUCUGCGCCAUGCCCUCUGCGCCAUGCCCUCUGCGCCAUGCCCUCUGCCCCAUGCCCUCUGCCCCAUGCCCUCUGCCCCAUGCCCUCUGCCCCAUGCUCUCUGCCCCAUGCUCGCUGCUCGUUGGAGUCAGAUGCGGAAGAAGCACUUUCACGAAGCCAUCACACUCUUCAACUUGGUAUGAUGGUGACGAUGGUGAUGAUGGUAGUGAUGAUGGUUGUGAUGAUGGUAGCGAUGAUGGUUGUGAUGAUGGUUGUGAUGAUGGUAGUGAUGAUGGUUGUGAUGAUGGUAGUGAUGAUGGUAGUGAUGAUGGUUGUGAUGAUGGUUGUGAUGAUGGUUGUGAUGAUGGUUGUGAUGAUGGUUGUGAUGAUGGUUGUGAUGAUGGUAGCGAUGACUCCCUAUCGUCAUCCCUUUCCUGCGCCCAACCUCCCAUGCACCCAACCUCCCAUGCACCCAACCUCCCAUGCACCCAACCUCCCAUGCACCCAACCUCCCAUGCGCCCAACCUCCCAUGCACCCAACCUCCCAUGCACCCAACCUCCCAUGCACCCAACCUCCCAUGCACCCAACCUCCCAUGCACCCAACCUCCCAUGCACCCAACCUCCCAUGCACCCAACCUCCUAUGCACCCAACCUCCCAUGCACCCAACCUCCCAUGCACCCAACCUCCCAUGCGCCCAACCUCCCAUGCGCCCAACCUCCCAUGCACCCAACCUCCCAUGCGCCCAACCUCCCAUGCGCCCAACCUCCCAUGCACCCAACCUCCCAUGCACCCAACCUCCCAUGCACCCAACCUCCCAUGCACCCAACCUCCCAUGCACCCAACCUCCCAUGCACCCAACCUCCCAUGCACCCAACCUCCCAUGCACCCAACCUCCCAUGCACCCAACCUCCCAUGCACCCAACCUCCCAUGCACCCAACCUCCCAUGCACCCAACCUCCCAUGCACCCAACCUCCCAUGCGCCCAACCUCCCAUGCACCCAACCUCCCAUGCACCCAACCUCCCAUGCACCCAACCUCCCAUGCGCCCAACCUCCCAUGCGCCCAACCUCCCAUGCACCCAACCUCCCAUGCACCCAACCUCCAUGCACCCAACCUCCCAUGCGCCCAACCUCCCAUGCACCCAACCUCCCAUGCACCCAACCUCCCAUGCACCCAACCUCCCAUGCACCCAACCUCCCAUGCACCCAACCUCCCAUGCGCCCAACCUCCCAUGCACCCAACCUCCCAUGCACCCAACCUCCCAUGCACCCAACCUCCCAUGCGCCCAACCUCCCAUGCGCCCAACCUCCCAUGCACCCAACCUCCCAUGCACCCAACCUCCCAUGCGCCCAACCUCCCAUGCGCCCAACCUCCCAUGCACCCAACCUCCCAUGCACCCAACCUCCCAUGCGCCCAACCUCCCAUGCACCCAACCUCCCAUGCACCCAACCUCCCAUGCACCCAACCUCCCAUGCACCAACCUCCCAUGCGCCCAACCUCCCAUGCGCCCAACCUCCCAUGCGCCCAACCUCCCAUGCACCCAACCUCCUAUGCACCCAACCUCCCAUGCACCCAGCCUCCCAUGCACCCAACCUCCCAUGCGCCCAAACUCCCAUGA